ACUUCUCUAUUUUACUCCCGUUGAUUACAAUUCUUGCCCUCAAUUUUACGUUUUCGCUUAAUUUUGCAUGAUUUCUGGCGAUAGAAAGGGGAGCGAAAGUGAAUCAAGGGGGAAUUCAAAGAACAAAGGCCAGAAAAGUAAUAGGGAUUAGAUCUACCUACCAAAAGUGGGAAAAGGCAGUGGAAAGCGCGAAGGGCACUUUCACUUCUUUGUGGAAACUUUGAUAUCGCUGCCAUCUAUUACAGCAAAUGGGACUUGCAGCACCUCGCAAGAAAAUCAAAAUUUCUCAUGACCCUAACAAUACCAAUUGGUCACGGUCAACAAGCGGUUUUGGGCAUAAGAUCUUGAGCUCCCAGGGAUGGACACCCGGGAGCUUCUUGGGGGCACGCAAUGCCGCACAUGCUGAAAUGUUUACCGCAGCGAGUGCAUCUCAUAUCAAGGUUGUCUUGAAGGAUGAUACACUGGGCCUAGGGGCGCGACCUAAGCGUGAUCCUUUAAAUGAGCCCACUGGUCUUGAUGCAUUCAAAGGACUCCUUGGCCGGCUAAACGGCAAGUCAGACGCGGAUUUGCAGGUCGAGCAGCAAAAGCGCGACAACGUAAAAUUGGCUCGAUAUGCUGCCACGAAGUGGCAAGCAGUCACAUUCAUAAGUGGUGGCUUACUAGCUCAGGAAAAAACCACCCCCAUUGUUACUGAGGAGCCACAAGGAAUCCACAAAGACAAGCAAGAGGACAAACUGUCUGCUACGGUACCUGGACCUGACUCUGACGGCGUUGAGGGGUCAGAUAACAUUGGAGGCCAAAGUGAUCAAAGCAUCAAAAAGAAGAAAUCGAAGUCCAAGAACCAUCGGGAGAAGAAGGAUAGAAAAAGAAAGCAUACUGAAGAGCCUGAGUCCACGGACUCCGGAAAUACGAACAAGAGGUCAACAGAGAAAAAGAGUAAGGCAACUAGGGAUGAUGAAGAAAGCUCUUCAACAACUUCCAAAGGUCUGUCGAGGGAGCGCCGUCCGAUGGGGAGACAUGUUUUUAGAGGCCGACAUAUUGCGCAGAAGAAAGCGGCUCUCAUGGACGAGAAGUCCCUCAACGAGAUAUUCAUGGUCAAAUCAUAGUGCUACAUAUCUCUCUCUCAUGACAUACCCUAGACUUAUAGACAUCGAUAUACUCCUUGCUGGUUUGGUUUGGUUUUUCGUACAGUCAUCUAUAUCGACUCUUGGCCCACGUAUACUUGCACGUAAUACAUUUAGGUAGACUGGUGUCAUUUGGCGAUUCAGGCCCAGUGCUGUGUCGUUGUAGUUUAUGAGGCGUUGGGUUCGCUUCAAGCAAAUAUGUUGUACCAGAAUAUAUAGUCUCGGCGACUGUACAAUUUUUUUUGGAGGGGGGUCUUAUCUUUUCUUUUCUCCUUCUAUCUCUUUUUGGCGCGGGAGUCUAACAUGCGCAUACUUUCUACGGAGUAUUAUCUAUCCGUUCCUCAUCCGGAUGUAACACUCAUUUUACCUUGAUUGUUAUAUGAAACACGUAAGAAAAUGAACCUCUCUUUAAGAUGCUAUGGGCAGAGGAUAUAUCUAUUGGAUUAUUAAGAUGGUUGCAAAGACACAGAUGCAAGGAAGCCGAUGGAACCACGGAGUAUACAGUAGAUAGUAGAUAGCCAAUUCAACCUGAACAUCACCGUAC